AUGAAGCAAGAGAGAAGUUCUUAAAAACAGAAAAAUGUGAUUGCAUGAACGUCAUUGUUGGCAGGAGGACUCAGUGGAUUCAGAUACAAGUGUAAGUGCUGCCUGUAUGCAAGAGCUGAGCCACACCAUCCAGUAAACCAUCUAGAGCAGCAGCUGGCUUGCUUGGAAAUCACUUCCAGGACUCCGUUGUAAGUUGCUCCAUCUGAGCUGCCAGAACACUGUCCUACAGAACUUUUGAGGGUCACUUCUUAAUGGAUUGCAGCAGCCUCUUAAUUUCUCCACUGAUCCUGUUCCCUGCAUCGUGAGAAUAUUUUAGCCAGCACAGAACCUAGAAAAGUUACAUGGUGUGAACGGCAUGUCUGUGGAUGAGAAGACUGACUCCCCCAUGUAUGUGUAUGAGUCAACGGUGCACUGUACCAAUAUUCUCCUCUGCUUAAAUGACCAGCGGAAGCAGGACAUUCUCUGUGACGUGACGCUGAUCGUGGAGGGGAAGGAGUUCCGCGCCCACCGGGCUGUGCUGGCUGCCUGCAGCGAGUACUUCUUGCAGGCCUUGGUUGGGCAGACGGAAAAUGACCUGGUGGUCAGCCUGCCGGAGGAGGUCACUGUCAGGGGAUUUGGUCCAUUGUUACAGUUCGCCUACACUGCUAAGCUGUUACUCAGCAGAGAAAACAUCCAGGAGGUCAUCCACUGCGCUGAGUUCCUGCGCAUGCACAACCUGGAGGACUCCUGCUUCAGCUUCCUUCAGACACAACUGCUGAACAACGAAGAUGGCCUGUUCCUGUGCAAAAAAGAUACCACCUGUCAGCGCAUGCACGAUGAGGAGAACUCCGAUGGAGAUGAGGAGGAGACAAUGGAAUCGGAGACGUCAAAAAUAUCUUGCCCAAGGGAGAGGAUGCACCAAGAACCCUUCAAUUUUGAAACCACUGUUGCUGGAGCAGACAAAGGCGAAGGGAUGCUGCCUGACUCUGACAUACUGAGAGAUAGCAAGGACAAUUUGGAUAAAGAUGCAGUAACACGGUACCCCAGAUACAAGAAAUACCAGCUUGCUUGUACCAAGAAUGUCUACAACACAUCACACAUCAGUACCUCAGGUUUUGCAAGCACAUUCAGUGAAGAGAGCUCUGGAAAUGGCCUCAAAUCAGGACUUGCUAUGGGGCAGAUAAAAAGUGAGCCUCAGAAUGAAGAGAACGAUGAAGAAAGCAUCACACUUUGCCUGUCUGGAGAUGAACCUGACAUCAGGGAUAAAGAAGGGGAUGUUGAAAUGGACAGGAAACAGCCAAGCCCCACUUGUGUUGACCGGCCAAAAAGCGGGUCUUCUCCUUCUUGCUUGCGGUCUUUCUUCAACAGAACAAAAAGCAUAGAUUUGGUUGGCUUCCCCAGCACUUCCCAACAGCACUUUGGCAGGAGUCCAGCAUGCCCUUUUGAAAAAGGGACAACUCAGGGUGACCACAAAACUGAUUAUGUCCCUUUCACAGGGAACUAUGGACAGUCCCAUGCCAUGCAGAAGGAUGCUUCCAACUUCACAGUGGGAUCACCACUCAGGGGGCCCGGCUUUGAAACUCUGUGUAAGCAAGAAGGGGAACUGGACAGGAGGAGUGUUAUAUUCUCUUCAAAUGCUUGUGACCAAGUAAACACUUCGGUGCAUUCGUAUUCUGGUGUGAGCAGCUUGGACAAAGACUUCACUGAGACUGUGCCAAAGGGUCUGUGGGCUGGCAGUAGCCAGUCUCUCCCCAGCUCUCAGACCUAUUCGCACAGCGGACUGACAGCUGAUCACUUGCCGGGAAGGAUGCGGCCGAACACCAGCUGUCCGGUGCCAAUUAAAGUUUGCCCUCGCUCUCCUCCUCUGGAAACCAGAACCAGGACCUCCAGCUCAUGCUCUUCCUACUCGUACGCAGAGGACGGCAGCGGCGGCUCUCCCUGCAGCCUGCGUCUUUGCGAGCUCUCCUCUUCCCCUUGCUCCCAAGGCCCCCGAUUCCUGGCGCCCGAGCACCAGGAGCCCGGCGUGGUGGGGGAUGGAUUGUACAACCCGGUCCGAGCCCAGAUUAAAUGUGAGCCAUCCUAUGGAACAAACUCCAGCGAUGAGUCUGGGUCAUUCUCUGAAGCAGACAGUGAAUCAUGUCCUGUGCAAGACAGAGGACAUGAGGUGAAACUUCCUUUUCCUGUUGAUCAAAUCACAGAUCUUCCAAGGAAUGAUUUCCAGAUGAUGAUAAAGAUGCACAAGCUAACCUCAGAGCAGCUCGAGUUCAUCCACGAUGUCCGCCGACGCAGCAAGAACCGGAUUGCAGCUCAGCGCUGCCGCAAGAGGAAACUGGACUGUAUUCAGAACCUCGAAUGUGAAAUCCGCAAGUUGGUGUGUGAGAAAGAGAAAUUGCUCUCAGAAAGGAACCAGCUGAAGGCAAGCAUGGGAGAAUUGUUAGACAACUUCUCGUGUCUUUCUCAAGAAGUGUGUAGAGACAUGCAGAGCCCGGAACAGAUCCAAGCUCUCCACCGAUACUGCCCCGUUCUCAGACCCAUGGAUCUACAGCCGGUCACCACCAUCAGCCCCACCCCAGCUGGUGUGGAGCAGAGCCUGGGGACCUCCCAGUGCGUCGGGGAGAGCAUGCAGUGCUGCUCAGAGCAAGGCUCAGUGCAGCUGGGAGCACCCUGGCUGCCCAACAACAUCUCGGAAAAUUGUUCGGCUGGCGCGGGAUUGGAUGGGGCCGACGCAGGUACUUACCCCGAGAGAGAGCUUCCAGCAGAGCAGAGCAGCCAAACGGUCACGGUAGACUUCUGUCAGGAAAUGACUGAUAAAUGUACAACAGAUGAACAACCUAGGAAAGAUUACACCUAGUGACUCGUAACCUUAACGUUACACCUGGUCAGGUGUUCUUCAGUCAGCCAGUGGCAGUGUUCAUUUGUUGUCUAGAAGAACGUAUUUGGUGCACACUACAGUGGUCUUAGCAGCAAUACUGUUUUUAAGUAUUCCCUCCUCUCUACAAGCAGGAGUUCUCUUCACAAUGGUGCUAUCCCUUGCUCAGGCAGGGAACGAAGCAGUGGCAACACUGUCUGUUUUUGUAUGUUGAUUUCAAUCUUAACAGGGAUGGACAUAACACCUCUGAGGACCCAACCGCAGCUUUUUUCUCAGUGGCCCAUGUCACAAAACCCUAACUCAGGAAUUUCCUCUGAAUGUUCAAUUUUUCAUUGAAGACAGCUUCUUUACACAUCAAAGUUUUAUAGCUAAACUGUACAUAUUAUAUAUAAUAUAUAUAAAAUAUAUAUAUCCAUAUGCAAGAAUCCCUGCAUGCCUCAAUUUUUCUCAUCCUACAAACUGGAAGCUUUCAUUUCUAUUGUACAAACAAGUUCCAACAUUCCUUUUUGUCUUUGAUGCUAGAACUAGUUUGGUAACUUGUUACACGGUAAUUUUUUCCUCAGUUCGCAGUUCAGCAAUAGCAUUCAAUUUGUACUUAUUUAUAAAACUUUAAUGUCUGAAACUUAUUUGAGAUUUUAUUAUAGACAAUUUUUUUGGCACAGCCAUUUCGUGCCACUUGAGCAAUGUGGAGUUAUUUUAUUUUCUUGCAGAUACUGUACAGUAAUGGUCAACUUUGCCACUUGCACUGAGUUUCUGGUCAAACCUCUUUUCAUAAAUGAAGUCACGACUUCAGAAUAACUUGAGUAUAUGGUUUUCUUUGCUUUAUGGCUUAAAGGAAAUAGAAAAUUUUUAUCUAAUAGACAAACACUCAGGAGCUCAUUAUGUAGUAAAAACGGUCUUGCCAAAUACUGAAUUCACUAUACAAUUUGUAAAGAGAAUCUGCUUGAAUUAUUUUUAUAUUUAGACUUCUUUCUGUUUCACAAACCAAGUUUAAGUGCUGUUAAUGAUGCUUUUGGAGUCUUAUAGGGGAAAGUAUAUUUCACUCUUUAGAGAAAAGUGUAUUUGACAACUGGAUCAAUUCAUCAAAUGUUCCACGAAGUAAAGCAGACAGAGAUCAUGUCAAUAUACUUGGGGGCUUUUCUCCAGCCCCACUCUGCAUCCUUUACUCAUGGAAGCAACUGCUGCUCCGGCUAGUCCCCAGAGCCUGACCUCAGCUGUCCUCAGAUGUUACCUGUUCUCCCCACCAGACCCAAGUUGCAGAGGUGGGUCUGGUGAAGUCAGUGACCCUGCCUAGGUAGGCAGGGUUGCAGGAUCAUACCCCUAGUUGUUGACUUUGGCUUCCUUACGGAAGUCCAGCUAGCACUGUAUCCUCUGAGAGCAAAACAUACGUUUGCCAACACCCGAUUUGGUCACUUACCCAUCAAAUUGUUGUGUUCCAGGAUCCUCUCAUCCUGCAGCAUUGCCCUCAGCACAAACUGCAGCUAAAAGAGCGCUGUCUCAAAGGAGACUACUCAGUGAAUUGGCUUAGUUGUAACUGUAUUGGACUUGUAUCUUAAUGUUGACUCAUGUUAUGACUGUGUGAGACAGCAGCUUUCCAAGCAUAACAUCUGUAUGUACAGUGUAGACAGAAGAACAACCUCCUAAUGCUUUUUUAAUAAUUAUUACUAUUCUAAGUGUACUGAGUUUUUAUUUUGUGGUUCUUUGCCCUAUGUGUGCCAGGUUGUGUGGCUUUAUCGACGACAACUGUCAUGUGCUUUAUUGGCUGAUAUUGUUUGUUCUCGCUGAAAAAAAAUGACCAGCUGUUCACACCUGUUUAAAAAAAAAAAAAAAGUGUGGGGAAGCAGCUUCUCAGAAGCACUAAGUGAUAAUGUGGUCUUCUGUGCUAACGUUUACACUAGAGGUGUGCGCUGGUGGUUUUUUGAGGCACUCAAGUAGAUCAGCAUCUCGAACCCUGGAGGAGGAAUCAGCUCCCUCUCUCCACUUUCUUCCAUCUUCAGACUGUGCUCAUGGACUGUCGCCCACUCGCCACAAAGUCUUGCUUUUAUCCUCCUCAUGCAAACUAUUGUAAUUGUAGCCAAGCUGCUGAGGAGGAAAUGCAUAUAGCAUGUGCCAUGUUUGUUGAAAAUACUUUUUUUCCCCGCAUGUACAAAGAAAAACUAGUAUAUAAUGUAGGAGAAUAUUUAUGUUUAAGUAUUAAUCAUUACUGUACAAAAUCCUUACCUUUAAAUGUUAAAAAAUAUACAAAUGCCAUAAACUCCUAGUUCACACGGUUGAAAAAGGGGGAGGAGUUGUCCUUUCUUUUUAAAAGAGCUUAACCUAAAAAUAUCUGAACCCCCUCCCAACCAUCCUUUGCAGGUAACUUCACUGAGAAGCUCUUUGGCGGGGAGGUGGGAUUUGAUUUUCCUUUGAAUUUGUUGACGUUGCAAAGCAGUUCUGUGCUUCGCAGAGAAGUUUUGUUUCUAUGAGACCAUGGUGAAAGCUAGAAUUUAAAACUAAAUGUGAAUCACAUUAUAGAGUCAUAGCUACU